CAGUGGUAAUGGCUACGAGGUUCCUUCCUUCCUUGUUAAAUAUAGCAAACGCAAAGACAGCAAUUGAAAACGCAACUGUCAGUGACAAAGAAAGAAUUAACGAUCUGCAAUUCCCACCCUCAAAACAGACAACAAUUCCCCCUUCCCCAAAAAUAAACAAUAAAAAUUAUGAGCACUGGCGAAGGAAAAACCGUGUGCGUAACUGGAGCCUCAGGUUACAUCGCUUCAUGCCUUGUUAAGCACCUUCUCCUUCGUGGUUACACUGUCAAAGCCUCUGUUCGUGACCCAAGUGAUCCAAGAAAGACACAACACUUACUUGCACUUGAGGGUGCUGAGGAAAGGCUCAAGUUGUUUAAAGCAAACUUAUUGGAAGAAGGUUCCUUUGAUUCUGGUGUUGAAGGUUGUGAUGGUGUUUUUCACACAGCAUCUCCCUUUUAUCAUGAUGUCACUGAUCCACAGGCAGAAUUACUUGAUCCUGCUGUGAAGGGAACACUGAAUGUUCUGAACUCAUGUGCUAAUACACCAUCUGUCAAACGAGUGGUCUUGACGUCUUCUAUAGCUGCAGUCACAUACAAUGGGAAACCUCGAACUCCAGAUGUUGUGGUUGAUGAAAGUUGGUUUACCGAUCCUGAGUACUGUAAGAAUUUGAAGCUCUGGUAUGUAGUCUCAAAAACCAUUGCUGAAGAUUCUGCCUGGAAAUUUGCAAAAGAGAAGGGUCUUGACAUGGUUGUCGUAAACCCAGCGAUGGUGAUCGGUCCUCUUUUGCAGCCAACACUUAACACAAGUGCUGCAGCAGUUUUAAGCUUAAUUAAAGGAGCACAAACAUUUCCAAAUGCAACAUUUGGUUGGGUUAAUGUAAAAGACGUUGCAAAUGCACACAUCCAGGCAUUUGAGAUUCCAUCAGCUAGUGGAAGGUACUGUUUAGUCGAGAGGGUUGCACAUUGCUCGGAAGUUGUGAAGAUGUUAAGUGAGCUCUAUCCUUCUUUCCAGCUUCCAGAAAAAUGUGCAGAUGACAAGCCUUAUGUGCCAACAUAUCAGGUGUCAAAGGAAAAAGCAAAAACAUUGGGUAUAGAGUUCACUCCUUUGGAUGUGAGUCUCAAGGAAACAGUAGAAAGCUUGAAGGAAAAGGGAUUUGUCAGUUUUGAGUCUUAGUCCUGCAUCUCCUUCCUCCGUAACAAAUAAAUUGGUGAAUAAAUUUUCAUUUUUUUAUGAUUUUUUCUCACUUUUCUUGAGAAUGGGAUAUAUAUAAUUUAUUGGCCCUCUAGCAGUUGGCUUCUGGGUAUAAUUGUUUCAGACAUUUGACUAGGAAAAACUGAUGAUGAAUUUAAUAGUGAAAACUGUGUUUGACUUAAUUUCUAAUUUUAAUAUCAGCUGCUGUAAUUAUUUUAUGAA